CACAGUGCUACUGCUCCAGGCUUCUGAAAACCACAGUUGGAGCCAGAUGGCAUCAUGGUUGGUCCGAAGAUUUGGUUUGUCUUGCUGGUUAUACUCUACAGUUUCUGUCAAAGAUGUAUCCCGUGUGGAAUUUCAACACAUGUUGAAAUAGCACAUAGAGCUCUGGAAUUUUUCAUUAAGCAUGAAGGGAGUGUUAAUUAUAGACAGUUAUUACUAAAUCACCAAGAUGCUUUUCAAGCUGGGAGCAUUUAUCCUGAUGCCUUUUAUCCUCCAAUCUGCAAACGUGGAAUGUUCCAUGAUGUGUCUGAAGACACUCACUGGUCACCAUUUCUCAAAACAAGUAUUGACUACAUCAGAAAGAAUUAUCCUCAGCCUUGGGAAGAGGCUACAGAGAAGCUGGUGGCUUUCCUGUUUGGAAUUGCUUCACAUAUGGUGGCAGAUAUUAGCUGGCAUAGCCUGGGCAUCGACCAAGGAUUUCUAAAGGCCAUGGGAGAAAUUGAUUUUCAUGGUUCAUACUCAGAAGCUCACAGUGUUGGAGAUUUUGGAGGAGAUGUAGUGAGUCAGUUUGAGCUGGACUUCAGUUACCUGGCAUCGAGUUGGUAUGUACCUGUCAAAGACCUAGCAGCUAUCUACAAAGAAUUUUAUGGAAAAGAGAUCAUAACUGAAAGCACAAUUGCUGAAUGUACUUAUCUGCUAUUUUUUGAACUGCAUGGAGAAAGGCUUCUUGUUGGCAAGCUUUUUCCAUCAUUUGCUAGUAAAUCUCCAUUUCUGGUGGAGAAGUUCCAUGAAUAUUUCCUUGGAGGAGUGGAUGACAUGGCAUUCUGGACCAACAACAUUUUUGAGCUGACGAGCCAUAUGCUAGAGAAUGGAACCAGUGACUGCUACCUGCCUGAGAACCCUCUGUUCAUAAACUGCACAAAGGAGCACAAGGACAGCCACAUCAGAAACAAACAAUCACAACAUGAACAUCCCAAGAAUACAACUUCUUUGCUUACAGAAACAUUUGAGAAGAAUAUAAACUAUACGGAGAGAGGAGUUCAAUUCAACAUACAGGCUUGGGCAACAAAAUCUCUCCGCUUGAUAAACCAUGCUUUUAAAACCAAUGUCUGGAGAGCAUUAGGAGCUACACAUCAGAAAUCUUCUAAGCACAUCUCCAAGCCAGCAGCUUCAUAUUUUCUAACUUCACCCUAUGCUAGGCUUGGAUGGGCACUGAUUUCAGCUGACCUCAACCAGGAUGGGUAUGAAGAUCUGGUGGCUGGAGCACCAGGGUACAGCACCUUGGGCCAUGUUCAGAUAGGAAGGGUGUAUGUGGUCUAUGGCAACCAGUCAGGUUUGCCACCAGAGGACAUGGAUCUGGAUGGAAAAGCUGACCAAGUACUACAGGGUCAGCAGCCUUCAGGAAGAUUUGGUUCUGCCUUGGCAGUCCUGGAUUUCAAUGAGGAUGGAGUGCCAGAUCUGGCAAUUGGAGCACCUUCUGUGGGAUCUCAGUUUCUUACUUACAAAGGUGCUGUGUAUGUCUACUUUGGAACAGAAGGAAGAGGCUUGGCACCUCAGCCAAACAUUACCAUAACUUGUCAGUAUUCCUACUGUAAUUUUGGUUGGUCCCUCCUGGCAGCAGAUGUUGAUGGAAAUGGAAAUGCUGAUCUGGUUGUGGGCUCUCCAUAUGCACCAGGUGGUGGGAAGCAGAGAGGAUUUGUUGUUGCAUUUUACUCUCAUUUCAACAGGAGUGACCAAGGACUUCUGUCAGUACAGGAUGCCAACUGGAUGGUGGAGGGGGAAGAAAACUAUGCUUGGUUUGGAUUUUCACUUGCCAGCUGCCAGCUGGAAAACGUGACAUUACUGCUUAUUGGUAGCCCUACAUGGAAGACUUGUUCUAGCUGCAAUCCCCUCUUGCUGGAUGUCAGACAGAGUGUUGGGAAGGUGUACGGGUAUAACCCACCAAGUACAGAGCGCUGGUUUGAGAUAACUGGAGACAAGGAGAUGGGCAGAAUGGGUUUGUCUCUGGCCAGUGGUGUGCUGUCUGUGGCCGGGAACACAAGGAAAGUUUUGGUGGUGGGUGCACCUACUGCAGACAGCCUGUCUAGGAUUUUAUUUAUGUCCUCAGUGCUGCAUCAAGCUGGAUUGGCUCUGGUAUAUGACCUGUCAAACAGCACCAAGCCUUCUCUGCUCAGCACAUUCAGUGGGGACAGGAGGUUUUCUCGUUUUGGAGGAGACAUAUACUUAAGUGAUCUGGAUAGCGAUGGGCUAGAUGAAAUGAUUGUGGCAUCCCCACUGCGAACUAAUGGUGUCAGCUCGAUCCUGUCUGGUGGGGCUGCUGGCCGUGUUUAUAUUUACAAUGGCAGACAGACAUCCUCGGGGAAUGUGACAGACCACUGCACAUCAUGGACAUCUCCCUGUCCGGAGGACUGGGCACAGUAUGUCCUGAUUUCUCCUGAGGAACUGUCAAGAUUUGGGAGUUCCAUUACCACUGUGAAAUCUGAAAGAAAGAAAGAACUUGUAGUAGCAGCAGAGAGAAGUUCUGCGAAAGCUCGACUUGGUGGAAGGCUUUUUGUCUACUCGCUCUAAAAGUUCAUAAAAAAAGUUCUUAAAGUCCAGGGCACACCUGGUCUUCUAGUAAAGAAUCCCUGUAGUAUUUGUGCUACUUUCCUGAACCCACACAAACCAACAUACCGUGUCAGCAAGCUUUUUGCUGAUAUCUGUAGUGGGUGGCAACAUCACUUCUUCAAAACAAGCACGCUGC